AUGGUAAAAAGAGUGGCCAUUAUUGGGGCAGGUGUGAGCGGACUGACCUCCAUCAAAUGCUGUCUGGAUGAAGGGCUGGAGCCCACAUGUUUUGAGAAGCAUGAUGGCAUCGGGGGAGUUUGGCAAUUCACGGAAACUGCUGAAGAGGGAAGGGUCAAUGUUUAUAGAUCUGUGGUAACCAACACCUCCAAGGAAAUGACCUGCUUCAGUGACUUCCCCUUCCCAGAGGAUUGCCCCAACUACCUGCACCAUGCCACACUCCUGGAAUACAUUCGAACAUAUGCCGAACACUUCCACCUUCUUAACUUCAUACACUUUAAGACCACAGUGUGCAGCAUCAGAAAACACCCAGAUUUCGCAUCCACAGGACAAUGGGUGGUUUAUACUGAGACAAAUGGGGAGCAGACAUCAAAUGUAUUUGAUGCAGUCAUGGUUUGCAGUGGCUGUUAUGCAGAGAUCAAUCUACCAUUAGUUUCUUUUCCUGGGAUCAAGAACUUCAAAGGACACUACUUACAUAGCUGGGAAUACAAAGAUCAAAAAGGAUUUGAAGGGAAAAAAGUCCUUGUAAUCGGUGCUGGGGACUCUGGAGGGGAUCUUGCUGUAGACAUCAGUCGUACAGGAGCUAAGGUCUUUCUCAGUACCAGAAGCGGUACGUGGGUAUACAGCCGCAUUUCACAGGCUGGAUGGCCUCUUGACAUGAUCUUCACAACACGUUUUAACAAGUGCAUUACAAGUCUUCUUCCAACAUGCAUCAUGCUAAAGAUACUUGAAAAAAAGUCCAAUCGAUGGUUUAACCAUGAGAACUAUGGCUUGAUCCCUCUUUCAAGUUCCUUUUUAGAACAGACACGUUUAAUUUUGAACGAUGAGCUGCCCAGCUGCAUUCUCUGUGGUGCUGUGGUGGUAAAACCAAACGUGCAAGGAUUUACUGAGACCUCGGUCAUUUUUGAAGAUGGGACCGUAGAAGACAACAUAGAUGUGGUCAUCUUUGCUACAGGCUACACUGCCUCAUUUCCCUUUCUUGAAGAGUCUGUCCGUGAUGUCUGCAAAAACAACAAAUCUCUUUAUAAACGGAUCUUCCCUCCUCAUCUGGAGAAACCCACCCUGGCUGUCAUUGGCUUUCUGUCAGUAACAGGAUCCAUUUUACCAGCAGCAGAACUUCAGGCUCGCUGGGUCACAAGAGUGUUUAAUGGGUCAAGUAAGCUCCCACCAGUGAGCAGACAGAUAAAUGAAGUUGCUAAAUGGAAGAAGCAGUGCCUUGAACAGGGUAUUUGCCCAGAGGAUGACAAAGGAAAAAUAAGUUUUAUUGCCUACAUGGAUGAAAUUGCUGCUUGUUUAGGCGUUAAGCCUAACAUGCCCUUGCUCUUCCUAUCCGAUCCCAAGCUAGCCUUAGAAGUUUUCUUUGGCCCCUGCACAGCAUACCAGUACCGCCUGAAUGGACCUGGAAAGUGGGAGAAAGCCCGAAGUGCAAUCCUGACUCAGUGGGACCGAACUCUAAAGCCUCUGAAGACUCGGGUCAUAGAGGAACAUCCUAAACACUCUGUGGUUUCCUACUGGAUUAAAAUCUUUGGCCUGCUUACAGUUUUUGGGGUUGCCUUGCUUGCUUUUAAAUACUCAUCUCCUUCAUGGUUACCUUUACCAGGCUAAAGUGAAGGGAGAGGUGCCCCUUACAAGUUACAUUUGUUUAAUGCUUUGAAAAUUGUUUGGUGAGCACAUCUGGAUGCACAUUGGUUUAAAAAAAAAAAACUGAUCACAGAAUGGAAGUUAUGGAUAAUGAAGACUCCUGGCCAACAUUAAACAUGAUUUUUAUUUCUGAUAUGUAUUUAAUUCAUUUGAAUGUCAAUUUAAUAAAAUUAUAGACAUUAAGAACAGUUGUCUCAUGUUAUCUCACUUUAAAAUAGCAGCCAGAGAAGAGGCCCAGUCUAUAAGGAGAUUGCAGCACAGUUAAGAGGACUGAUUCUUUGCCUCCACAUGGUUUUCCCAUUGAAAGUCACCACCCACAUAGUAGCUAUUUGCUCCCAAAAGGUGCAAUGCAGCACAUUAUCAGCUUUUCAGCCUCACAAUUUUUAAGUCUCUAUGAUAGAAAUUCCUCCCUCCAUACUAACUGAAGAAGUCAUUAUGAUAAUAAUUGGUCCCUACCCUUCUUAUCCACAUCUACCCCAAGAUGCUCCCACUGUGGAGCAUCUGGUGGGCCACUGUGUGAAACAGUAUGCUGGACUAGAUGGGCCUUGUGCCUGAUCCAGCAGGGCUGUUCUUAUGUUCUUAUGCAGAGGCACCACUGCAGCACACCAGGGAUGUGUAUUCUGGAUGUACACAUGUGGACAACUUUGUUGGUAAUAAUAAUAAUAAUAAUAAUUCAAUUUCUAUACGGCCCUUCCAAAAAUGGCUCAGGGCGGUUUACAUAGAGAAAUAAUAAAUAAAUAAGAUGGAUCCCUGUCCCCAAAGGGCUCACAAUCUAAAAAAAACAUAAGAUAGACACCAACAACAGUCACUGGAAGUACUGUGCUGGGGGUCGAUAGAGCCAGUUACUCUCCCCCUUCUAAAUAAAGAGAAUCACCAUGGUAAAAGGUGCCUCUUUGCCAAGUUAGCAGGGUACCCUUACAGCUCAUUGAAAAAAUGUUUCAUGCCUCCUGAAAAGUGAUUAAAUGAAAAGCAAUUGUCCCAUGUAGACCUGCAUGCCUUUGAUAUGUCAUUGAGUAAAGCAAAGCAAGUGUGAAAAGAGAUAAAGUAUUGCUUAUUCUACAAAGAUAUUCUAAAGUGGCCUGGACACAUUUGUUGGUACCCCUAGAAAAGAUCAUAAAUAAUUGGAUUAGAGUGAUUUUUCAAAUUCACUGUUUUCUUUCAUUAGUCUCACACAUGUCUUCUUCAAUCAUGCAAUCAGUCAUUCAGACUAUUUAAAUGGAGAAAAGUAGUCACUCUGCUGUUUGGUAUCAUUGUGUGUCCCACAAUAAACAUGGACCAGAGAAAGCAAAGGAGAGAGUUGUCUGAGGAGAUCAGAAAGUAAAUUAUAGACAAGCAUGUUAAAAGGCAAAGGCUAUAAGACCAUCUCCAAGCAGUCUGAUGUUCCUGUGACAACAGUUGCAAAUAUGAUUAAGAAGUUCAGGGUCUAUUGGACUGCAGACAACCUCCCUGGACAUGGCCACAAGAGGAAAAUCAACCCCAGAAUGGGCAGAAGGAUAGUGAGAAUGGUAGACAAAAAGCCAAGGACAACUUCCAAAGAGAUACAAGCUGAACUCCAAGGUCAAGCUCCAUCAGUGUCUGAUCGCACCAUCCAUCACUUUUUGAGUGACAGUGGGCUCAAUGGAAGAAGAUCCAGGAGGACUCCAGUGUUGAAAGAAAAACAUAAAAAAGCCAGACUGGAAUUUGCUAAAAUGCAUAUUGACAAGCCACAAUGCUUCUGCGAGAAUGUCCCUUGCACAGAUGAGACAAAACUGGAGCUUUUUGGCAAGUCACAUCAGCAUUAUGUCCACAGAUGAAAAAAAUGAAGCUUUCAAAGAAAAGAACACCAAACCUACUGUGAAACAUGGAGGAGGCUCCAUUAUGUUUGGGGGCUGCUUUGCUGCAUCUGGCACAGGGUGCCUUGAGUCUGUGCAGGGAACAAUGAAAUCUCAAGACUAUCAAGACAUUCUGGAACGAAACGUACUGCCCAGUGUCAGAAAGCUCAGUCGCAGGUCAUGGAUCCUCCAACAGGAUAAUGACCCAAAACACAGCUAAAAGCACCCAAGAAUGGCUAAGAACAAAACAAUGGAUUAUUCUGAAGUGGCCUUCUAUGAACCUUGAUUUGAAUCCUAUCAAACAUCUAUGGAAAGAACUGAAACAUGCAGUCUGGAGAAGGCACCCUUCAAACCUGACACAGCUGGAGCAAUUUGCUCAGGAAGAGUGGGCCAAACUACCUGUUGACAGGUGCAGAAGUCUCAUUGAGAGCUACAGGAAUCGCUUGUUUACAGUGAUUGCCACUAAAGGUUGUGCAACAAAAUAUUAGGUUAAGGGCCCCAUCAUUUUUGUCCAUGCCAUUUUCAUUUGUGUUAUUAUCUGAAAUAUUCUGUUGCAUCAAAACUCUAAAACAAAGUCUGAUUUUUUGUUACAUGCGGAAUAAACAAUGAUGGGUGCCAA